AUGUACAAACGUCAACGCAUUUAUCUACAUUCCCAAAACGCUGAUUGCCGGCUUCAUAGUCUGACUGAGUCAAUAGAGCUCGAACCGGUGUGCGCGCGCACCUGCUGCCUAGAGAGAGAUAGAGAAACUCCAUUACCAAGGAGCAGCAGCUUAAUGUCCUUGGCCGCCUGGAUGCCAUCUUCCUUGAGGUUCUUCUCGAUCUGCUUGCUGCGCGCAAUGGCAGCGCGCUCCUCAGCGGACGAGGCGCAGCCCAUGGCGAUAGCGCGCACGGCCUGGCUCGCUACGCGCGGCAGCGCCGUGCCCCUCGCAUGCUCGCGGCCCGUCGUCGCGCGCAAGAAGCGCCGCGCACGCGCGAGCGAGCGCACGCGUGCUCUGGGACCAGGGGGACGCGCUCCAGCGCCACGCUACCACCACGAGACGGCCGGCACGACGUUCCGGCUUUACCCACGCGAUACCAAGCACGACGGAGCUCAGGAGACAAACGGAACGUUAGUAACCGACCGAGGUGGCGCCGCGGCGUGA